UCCAUGACUGAUUUCAGUGAGUGCAUUAGCUAGUACAAAAUGGACAGAGGUUCAUGUUUUGAUAUUGUUCAGACACUCCUGCAACAGCAGAACCAGCACCACUGACUCAGUGUAGAAGAUAAUCGGAGUGGAAAAUUUCUUACCCACUGGGUGUUAACCAUAGCUGGGCAGAGGAUGAGGUGAUGCAUAAAUGUGUUAAGCCAGAAUAGUACCAGAACAGUAAAAAAACUUAAUCCUCUCAGCAUUGUAAGACUGCACUGCUUACACACUGGUAUAUUUUCCGCGCUAGAGAAGAAGUGAGAUGAACAAGGAAGCAAAUGAUUCUUAAAGAAAAUGUCUCAGAAUAUCAACCAAAACUGAUAAAGAAAAUAAUGCUCAUUUUGUGCUGGAUACAAAUAUUUUUUGUCAGUGGGGUAGAAGUUAGAGAGAUUAACUUGCCAGGAUGUUCCCAUGUUGAACCUCAAAUAUGGUACCGAGCAAUUAAUGGUGAGGAGUUUGUUCUACAAUGUGCUUUGCCAGAUAGAGAUGCUCCCAACAUUUAUAACAACUCACUUCUAAAUCAGUAUAAGGUGAAGUGGUUCUGGCAUCAGAAAGAUAAAGAGACAAUGAAGGCUAUCAAGGAAAGCUCAGAUCUGGCUCUCCAAGGGGAUGCACUUUGGUUUAAACCAAUUAGAGACAGUGCUUCUGGAGUGUACAUCUGUAGGAUAUGGGGAAAAAUCCCAUGUCUCAAAAUUGUUUUGGAUGUUCAAACAAAGAAGGCAGCAAAAUGUUCAGGUUAUGACACAAAUACGGUAUAUCUUCUUGCUGGCAGUGGAAAUUCAAUAACCUGUCCUGGGACAAAAUGUUACAGCCACAUAAAAAAGCCAGAUGUGAAAUGGUACAAGGAUGGUCAUCAGAUAAAAUACAGGAAAAGCAGACCAAGCCUAAAGCUUAAGCAGAAUGAAAUCUACUUGAACCCAACCUAUGACAAAGAUGCUGGAAUAUAUGUGUGUGAUUACACUCUGUCUGAAAACAUUACCAAGUGGACAGUGAGAACAGCAGUAACAGUAGAAGUCAUUGCAAAAAACACUAUUCAUCCACCAAACCUUUUGUAUCCCAAUGGUGUUGUGAUCCUCGAAGUAGAAGUUGGCAAGCCACUUGAAUUGGAAUGCCGUGUACAGUUUGGGUUUGAAACAAUUUCUCCAAUGAGGGUAACAUGGAAACGAAACAACGAAGAGAAUGUAAGUGAGAAAUUGAAUCAGAAAACAAGUGUCUAUCCAAAAGGUUUGAAGGGACACACACUUCUUCAUGUUGCAACAUUGAAGGAAGUUACUGAAAAGGACCUCAGAAGCAACUUCACGUGCUUUGCUGAGAAUUCAGUGGGGAAUGCCACUGCUGUGAUCCAACUGAAAAGAAAGCAGAGAGUGUUGUUCUUAUAUGUACUAUGCAGUGCCAUUUCUACUCUAUUUGCAUUUGUUUUGUGCACUGCCUUUAUUUACCAGCACUGGAUUGAAAUAGUGUUGAUGUAUCGAAGUUAUAUGGUCCACAACAAAAGUACAGAAGAUGGCAAAGAAUUUGAUGCGUUUGUGUCCUAUGCAAAACUAAGCUCUUCUGAAAGUGACUCUGCUUUAAUUAGUGAGGAAAAAUUUGCCCUCGAGCUUCUUCCAGAUAUGCUAGAAAAUAAAUAUGGAUACAAGUUAUGUAUUCUUGAAAGAGAUAUUCUUCCAGGAGGAGCAUACACAGAUGAAGUUGUAACAGCUAUUAAACAAAGCAGACGGGUAAUAAUUAUUUUGAGCCCAGCCUAUGUCAGUGGACCAAGCAUCUUUGAAUUGCAGGCAGCAGUGAACUGUGCAUUGGAAGAUAAAGGGAUCAAACUGGUAUUAAUAAAGUUCCAGGAUUUCCAAGAGCCAGACACUUUGCCUCCAGAAGUGAAGAAAGCACUACGGAUUUUACCAGUUGUUACUUGGAAGUCUUCCAUUUCUGCUGCUCCACACAAGAAGUUCUGGAAAUACAUGUGUUACCACAUGCCAGUGAAAACUACUAAGAGGCUGGAAAAUUGCAGCCUCAAGGCUUAUCCCAAAGGUUAUUCAGACUGGUAUACUGAUAGGAGAAAUUUCCCAGGAGAAUGACAUCAGGCUCAGGAAUGGUAACAUGAUUGUCAAAGACCUUUUCUGUGUCAUCUGUCAGCUGACACUACAGCCAGCAAUAGCUCACUCUGAAACAGUCAGAAAGACUGAAGUGUGACAGUGCACAGCAAAACACUGCUGCUGCACACAACUGUAACUGUGAGCUGUCUUUCAUAAAUUAUUAUUUUGUUAACAUUUU